AACGGCGCCGCCCCAGACAGGCCGGAGGCGGCCAGCGAGCAGCCGCCGGCUCCAUUCAUUCGCGCGGCCCCGCCUCCUCCGCCGAGCCGCCGGAGCUCCCGGGGCGCAGCCGAGUUAACAAGAAUGGCAUUCCCUGUGGAUAUGCUGGAUAAUUGCAGUCAUGAGGAACUGGAAACUUCUGCGGAAGAUUACAUGACAGAUUUAAGGUGUGGAGAUCCUGAAAAUCCAGAGAGCUUUUCUUUUCUCAAUGUUACGAUUCCUAUUAGUCUUUCAAAUGUAGGCUUCGUGCCCCUUUAUGGUGGAGAUCAGACCCAGAAAAUCCUGGCUCUGUUUGCGCCUGAGGAUUCACUGACAGCUGUGGCACUUUACCUUGCUGAUCAGUGGUGGGCAAUUGAUGAUAUUGUGAAAACAUCUCUCCCUUCUAGAGAAGGGCUCAAGCAGGUGAGCACCCUUGGGGAGAGAGUGGUUCUGUAUGUUCUGAAUCGAAUUAUUUAUAGGAAACAGGAAAUGGAAAGAAAUGAGAUCCCAUUUCUGUGUCAUAGCAGUACUGAUUAUGCUAAGAUUCUGUGGAAGAAAGGAGAGGCCAUUGGGUUUUAUUCAGUGAAGCCUACAGGAAGCACGUGUGCCUCAUUUCUCACCCAAAGUUACCAACUGCCAGUUCUUGAUACAAUGUUUGUAAGAAAGAAACAUAGAGGGAAAGAUUUUGGGCUUCAUAUGCUAGAAGACUUUGUCGAUUCCUUUACAGAAGACACACUUGGCUUGAGGUAUCCACUGUCUUCUCUCAUGUAUACAGCUUGCAAGCAAUACUUUGAAAAAUAUCCCGGAGACCAUGAACUGCUCUGGGAAGUUGAAGGUGUUGGCCACUGGUACCAGCGAAUCCCAGCCACCAGAGCAUUACAGAGAGAAGCGCUUAAAGUCACAGCAGUUUCCCAGAAUGAAGCUAAAAGAGCUGUGUCUGGAGACUGUGGGAUUGUGUCUGUUCCAGAACACGAAGCAGGAACUGAAGACCCUAAGACCGGGGAGGCACAGCUAACGAUUGAUUCUCUAAAAGAUACCUUCGCAAGCACUUCUGAAGGUCAUGAUAAAACAUGUCUUUCCACACGUACUCGGAGUGGUCAUCUGAAGCGGCCUAAGAUUGGAAAACGAUUUCAGGAUUCUGAGUUGAAUAGUGCGCUAGGUGAAGAUGAAAAGACCCGGCAGGCUUUGAUAAACAAAUUGGACACGGUGGCGCACACAUCAGAGAGCUCAGAAGAAUUCCUGGAAGAAGAAGCAGAGCACAGAGCGAUUGAAUUUGAGGAUGAAAGCACCGAGAAAGAUGUGCGGCCUGUCCCCGAAUCACAGCCACGCCCGGAGAAGCAAGAUGCUGAAAAGGAAUCUGAAUUAGAGCCUGUGAAUGGUGAGCUGAUGGAUGAGAGCCUUAAGACCUCGCUGGUAACUGAAGAGGAGGACUCUGCUAGUGAGGGGUUAGAUGAAGAACUGAAGGUGCAGUCUUUCAGUUCCAGUGAAGAGCCUACAAAUUUUGCUCCCCUGGUGGUCGAGCCUUCAAAACCCCCUGAGACUGUUGCAGCAGAUAAGAUUCUACAUACGACCGACUCAGAUGUGUUGACAGACCAAGGCCCAUCUGAUGAAAAGGGGUACACAGAAGAGAAACUGCCUUUUGUUUCUAAAAAGAAGGCACAUUUUGGGAGUUCAGACAGUGUCGCUGCUAUGUCCAAUGAAGAUCGACUGGACAGUGGUUUUCCAAACUCUGUGACACCCGAGUUGUCUGAAGAACCUGUCUCUGAGAACUUAUCGCCCAUCCCCACUUCCUCAUUGGAAGACCAGGGUGAGGAGGGGGUAACUGAGCCCCAGGAAACGUCUACUGCUCUUGCUCAGAGUUCUCUCAUAGAGGUGGAACUUGAAGAUGUGCCAUUUUCCCAGAAUGCAGGACAGAAAAGCCAGUCUGAGGAGCAGUCGGAAGCAUCUUCGGAGCAACUCGAUCAGUUCACACAGUCGGCAGAGAAGGCUGCGGAUAGCAGCUCGGAAGAAAUAGAGGUGGAGGUGCCUGUGGUGGACAGGCGGAAUUUAAGAAGAAAGGCCAAAGGGCACAAAGGACCUGCUAAGAAGAAAGCCAAGCUGACCUGAAGAAACGUGGAUGAGAAAAACCCUCUUGUUUGUAACCUUAUUGUUGUUUUUAAAAUAAGGUAAUUAAUAAGCAGCAUGGCGCACAGGACACACAUUUCCAAAGUUACAAUUUGAACUUGUUAACCAUGCAGUUUUUCUCUUCCCUUCAGGAUCUAAAAUUCACCAUUCUUUUUAAUUUUUCAGGCUAUUUGUGUAAAUGCAUUUUUUUUUUUUAACUUUUAUUAACCAUGUAUCAAUUUUGGGAAACCAGAUCAUAUUCUAUUUUGUUUAGCUGGUGGGGCAUCUGACCAUUAGUAUUUCAAAAAAUAACAACCUAAAAAUCAAAGUAGUAGGCUUUCCAUUGCCUGUAAGGAUCACAGAAACCUUUUAUACUAAGGAUUUUAAUAGUUAAACUUGCUGAGGGUUCUUGGAGUUUUAUCUUCAGUAUAAAUCAGGA